AUGUUCGAGGAGAAACUCAUCAUCGGCGUGGCUUCGGCCUGCUCCACUCUGACCAUCGUCGCCUGCCUGAUUGUGGUCCCAUCGCUCUACAACACCAUCAACGAGAUCCACGACGAGGUCCUCGAAACUGUCUCUGUGUUCCGCGUCGAGACCGACUCUGCUUGGAGUCAAAUGAUGGACUUCCAAGUCACAGUCGCUCCUCCAUCCAAGCCUCGUGAGAACCCAUUCGGCUCCAUCUUCCGUUCGAAGAGACAGGCCGGUCUUCCCUCAUACUGCCAGUGCACUCCUACUAGAGUGACCUGCCCACCUGGACCACCUGGACCUCCUGGACGACCUGGAGCACCUGGACAACCUGGAGCACCUGGUCAGCCUGGUAGCGACGCCACUACAACAUACGCUCCCAUCAACUGCCCUGGUCGUGACAACACUUGCGUCCUGCUGGACCUCCCGGAGAUGGCUGGAGCACCAGGAAAUCCUGGAUCCGCUGGAAGACCAGGAGAGCCUGGAAGACCUGGCACAACUGGAAGUGGAACUCCUGGACGUCCAGGACCAGCUGGAGCUAUUGGAGCUCCAGGAAAUGCUGGAGGACCCGGCAGAGCCGGUAGUCCAGGAAGAGCUGGAGGACCUGGCCCGGCUGGCCAACCGGGAGGACGAGGACAGCCAGGAAGGAACGGUCAACCCGGAAGACGUGGAAACCCUGCAGGUCCAGGAGGUGAUGCCAACUACUGCCCGUGCCCACCUCGCUAUGCUGCUUCUGCCACGCAAGGCACGUGUUUGAGCUCGUUUUUCAGUAUUCAAUAA